CAGAAAAGUAACUCCGACAUUUUCUCUGCUUAAACUAAAACUAAAGCGGCUCGGACUGUAGAAAAUCGGCACAAAGCUGUACACAUUCUAAUAAUAUCACACAUUUGUAGAUUUUUAAAACAUAUUGGUUUUAUUUUAUAAACGGAACAGACUUGACUUGAAGAAAAUUGACAGUUUACGCAGCCAGACAGCGUAGAUUUCAACAACAGUCGUUUUUCUACGUAGUAUGGAAAGAAAAAUAAUAAUUAAAAAAGCUAAAUGUGCACAAUUUACAAAUAUUGUCUUUUUACUACUUUUAUAUUCAUGAUGUUUCUGCUUAGGAAAGCAUCCCCACAGCAUGAUGCUGCAAUCACCAUGUUUUAACAAGGGGAUAGUGUGGUUAGGAAGACGUGGACUCAAGGUUUUUUUCCAGAGCUCCUUCAUCUGCAUCUGCAGCUGCCUUGUUAGCUUUUCCCACAUGAGUUACGGAUCUCUACAGCUCUUCCAGAGUUACCUAUGGCUUCUUGGCCCCUACAGAAACCACAACGGCAGGUUACGAAAUAUUACAUAUUUGGGAUCUCUGUAGAUUGAUUGUCCUACUAUUUUGAAACAGUUUAAUGUUAAUGUUGCUCCUGAUUAUGUCAGGUAAGAUAGCGGCCCUCUUUCAUUGGGAUUGCCUUAAGCCAUGCCUGUCCAAAGUCCUGGGUUGCUCUUUGAUAAGAUAGUCCCACAUGGGAUAACAGCACCUCUGCUGUGCCCUGACUCACAGACUGUUUGACUUGUUCAACCAGGAUGGAUCCCUCCAAAGAGAAUGUCUAUGACAGACCAGAAAAUGGGAGCAGUGAUUCUGAGCCGGAGCACUCUUACCAGAAUCAGUCAUCAGGUAUGUAUGACUUGACCGACCCGGUCAACCAGACAGAGCAAACCUAUCAGAACCAAUCGGAUGAUACCUACGAGGUGGUCAAUGAGGCAACUUAUGAAGAACCUUCAGAAGUAGAGCAUUCCUACCAGAUUCAAUUGGAUGGUACAUAUGAAGAGGCCAAUGUGGCAACUUAUGAAGAGCUUUCAGAAGUAGAGUCGUCCUACCAGAAUCAGUCUUCAGGUAUCUAUGAAAUGCCCAAUGAAGAACCUGCAGAUCAGACUCCAGAGUACGAGAACACCAGAGCUGCUGAAGAUGGAGCAUCGACUCCAAAGUCUCCGUCCCCAGAGCAGUCUCCUGCAGAGGAGAGACGAGGCAGUUCAUCUUCAGUCUCCUCAUCCUCAUCCUCAUCCUCAUCGCAUGCCGAGACCGAACACAAAGAGGAGAUGCAGGAUCACAAAACGAGUGAGAUGGAAGAAGAGGAAGAAAAACAGAGCGAGGAUGAGGAAAUAGAGGCAAAGGAAGAGAGGGAAGUGGUGGAAGAGGAAAGCAUCCCCAAGAUGAACUCGGAUGGGGGUUCACCAGAGAUGGAAGUGGAGAGGAAGAGGUCACUGGACAGAUCUUCUUCGUCUUCGUCUUCUUCUUUAUCGUCAUUGGCCUCUGAGAAGAAGGAGCCCGUGAAUGAGAAAGAUGAA